UCGAAUUUCUAAAUAGAAUGUCUGCUGUUCAAUUGCUUGCCUUUAUGUGUAAGAAAAUGUAAUCUCUCAAUUCGAUAUUAUUAUACCAUCUCGAACAUCACGUUUGGCAACACUUCCGCAGUAAAUUGCAAUCAAUUGCGACAAAAACAUUCCUAGUAGGCAUCAGCACUUGUUUGCAGUAGUCCGUGAAAAUUCCAUUCGAUAACAGCACAUUACAGCAGGCCAUGUUAAUUGGUGACGUUCGCUUCUUCCAAUAAAAGCGCAUCGAACGAGCAGUGAAAGAUAUCAGCUUUUAUCAAUAUGAAUCCGUGGAAUGUGAUGGAAAUUCUACAAUCGGUUGAUUUUGAUUAUGCCAUACCCUUCAUUCAACGCCAGGAGUGCCUCGUCAACAACCGGUUCCAAUCAGAUGUGAAGUUUUUGGUGGGUGAAAAGCGUCAACCGAUCUACGCCCAUAAGCUUCUGCUGAUCAUUUCGUCUGAGUACUUCAACGUCAUGUUCAACGGGAACUUCAAGGAGUCCAGUUUGGAGGAAAUCGAGGUCAACGACGUGGAGCCGGACAUCUUCUUGGAGAUUUUACGAUUCAUCUACUGUAGAAAGGUCCAUCUGAGGGUUGAGAAUGUCCUAGAGAUCUUUGGGCACGCGCAGAAGUACAUGCUGGACGAGCUACGACAGCAAAGUAUUGAGUUUUUUGAGAAAAACAUCGCCUCCGAUAACGUUUUAAAGCUGUUCGCCCAGAAUCGAUUGUACGAGUUCUCGUUCGUCAACGAGAAGUGUUUGUCGUUGAUUCUGAAGAAUCCACUGCCGUGCUUCAAACAUGAGGACUUUUACGUGCUAGAUCGUAAGUCGAUGGACAUCAUCUUUUCGAGCCAAAAGUUCAACUGUACGAACACGCAGCUGCUUCAGGCUUUGCGCGAUUGGAAUAAAGUUAACGAGAGCGAGUGUGUGGAGGUUCUGCAGACGAUGAUUAACACGAAGCUUGUACGAAAUUGCUCCAAACUGCGCUUUUUCGGCAACAUGUCGUACGGCACACAUACAGAUUUGAAGUUCUCGAUCCAGCGCAAAUUGGCAUUCUAUGGCAUUGGGGUGUUUGUCAAAUCACCGAUGAAAAUGGUUACGAUCGAGGUAAAAAUUCUGAAGGCUCUUGAGAUUUUGGGAUCGCAUCGAUUCGAGUAUGAGAACAAAGAAGUCGCAACGGUGAAUGUGGCAAAACUAUUUUUCGAAGAGUUGACAUUGCAUCCGGGAAUACAGUACACGAUCACGAUCGGUUUCACCCCUGGUGGCCAGUGCUGGACGAUCAGCACUCCUUUUAUCUGUCAUGAUAUGCUUAGUUUAAACAUAGUCAAUCAAAAUAGCAUUAAUUACUACGGCAACAGUCCUUCUAGCACCACAAGAAGCGUCAUAUCGCAUUUUUACUAUGAUGAUUUAGGGAAAUAAAGAUUUCGCGUAGAAUCAAUUUUCGAUCUUGAAAAGCAAUCUCAUACAACUAAUUGAGGGUGAAAUAUAUAACAAAAGGCCAGCAGAAAGCUGAUUCAACAAAAACCGAGCUCAAGCCUUCAAACUGGGCUAAUAAAGAUUCGGUCAGCAGAGGGCUGAUUAGAGAUAAAUAAACGUAACUGGCAAGCCGACAUUCGAUAAA